CGGGCUCGAGCCUCCGAACAUGCCCGCGCUCAUCGCCGUGUGCUUUGCUUUCUGCGCCAGAGAACUCAGGUCGCGCCGUGCUCGAAAAAGAGCUUCGUAUUUAUUGGUCAUUUGUCGUCUCGGCACCACGCACGAGAACAGAAGCAAACAUGAUGGGGAGCAGCACGAGGGGCGCGCGCGCGUCUGUUUCCCGUCCGACAAGCUGGGAUCCAGGAGUUGCACACACACACACGCGCAGACGUGUUUUUUCUUUAUGGUUUGUGAGGGCCUCUCCCCCUGAACACAUGACUCACCUGAGCCAGACUGGAACCUGACCUAACGCUGUGAGGACAGGCCCAAAUGUCCUCACAAGAAGGCAGCUUGUCAAGACUCGGUCCUCACAAGUCUGGCAAAGCACACGCGGUCGAUCGUAUCAUUUAGUUUUCUAAUCGAUGACUAAUGAGUUGUUUGUUUUGGGGAAAAUAGAGACAUAUUGACACAAAACACACCGAUGCGCGCGCGCGAGAACACACACACACACACUCCGCCCUCCAUUUGACAUCAUCACUACCUGUGGCCUCGCAGACCCUCAAACCUGAGUCUCGCCGGAGCCGCACGCGCGGAGUUAUCCUCAUCACCAACGCUCCAUCUGGGCCUGCUGGUCACCUGGAACAUUCUCCCCCGGGCUCAGGCCUGACCCCUGGACCCGGGCUCAGAACGGACUGGAAGCAGCGUUGGAAACGGAGCCAGAUCCGUUACCGGGAGCCGCAGAAGAGUAUGUCCCGAGUGGAGGAGCGAGAGCAGACGGACUGCGUGUGCUCGGUCGGCAUGAAGUUGACGUGGGACAUUAACGACCCGAAACUCCCGCAGGACCCUCCGCAGUUCGACAGGUUCCAGGAGUGGACCGAUGGCUACGUGCACUACAUCUACACCGCGGAGGACAAGAACGCUCAGCGUCACCUGUCAGGCUGGGCCAUGAGGAACACCAACAACCACAACUGUCAGAUACUGAAGAAGUCCUGCCUGGGCGUGGUGCUGUGCUCUCGCGCCUGCUCCCUGCCGGACGGCUCCAGGCUGCAGCUCCGACCUGCCAUCUGCGACAAGGCCCGGCAGAAGCAGCAGAAGAAGGCCUGUCCCAGCUGCAGCGCGGCGCUGGAGCUGGUUCCGUGCCGGGGCCACAGCGGUUACCCUGUUACCAACUUCUGGCGAGUGGAUGGGAAGUGCAUCUUCUUCCAGGCGAAAGGAGUACACGACCACCCGAGACCCGAAUCCAAGUCUGAGACCGAGGCGCGCCGCAGCUCUGUCAAGAGACGGGUCACCUCUCCUGCCUUCCUGUCCAAGCGCCGGCUGCUGGACGCUCAGGCCCUGCCGCCGGCUCUGCUCUCCUGCGCCGACCCGGCCGACCGGAUCUCUUUCAUUGAUCCAAACUUCCAGCAGCACUACCCGGCAUUCCAGAGUGCAGAGCCUUACUACAGCCCCCAUCAUGCCCUGCAGGACGGCGCUCCCACGUUACAGAAGGCUUCCGCUCCCAGAGUGUACAUGAGCCGACCAGGCUACGAGCUCCAGGGCUACCGCAGCCCUCCCACGUACCCGCUGACGUCGGAGCCCAUCUGCGACCCCAGGCUGGGGUCUGUCCUGGCCUCCUCCUCCUCCUCCUCCUCCUCCUCCUCCUCCAACGCUCCACACUCGGCCUCCUUUGACUGUCAGUCCAAGUCCAACUGGAAAGAGCUGCUGAAGACAGGCGCCCCCUACAGUGACCACGCCCACUACUACAGUGCAGAAUAUCCAUGUCGCUACCCCAGCAACGGGCCGUGCUCCCCUGCAGCCCUUCAGACCAUCAUCACCACCACCACCAAGGUGUCGUACCAGCCCUGCCCUCCCUCCAAGCCUCCCAGCCUCCUCUCCGCCCUCCCUGAGGACCCCUCUUCCUACUCGGAUGACUGCGGCGGGGUCAUCAAGUCCUUCCCACCCGACCCUCAGACCGGCAGAGCGGAGCGGGACGGCCCAGAGUACCGCUUCCCCUGCUACUCCAGCCCCCACCCCACCGGCUCCUACCGUUACGAGGACUACUGACUCCCAGGGGGUCCAGGACCGGCGCCCGCCGCCACCUCACCUGACUGUCGAUCAUGUAGCUGUUGAAGUAGUAAAGUAUAGCACACACACGUCUGUCUCGCUGUCCUUGUGGGGACCGCUCCUGGCCAUCACCUGGACCAGGACUCUGGACCAGACUGAGACCCAGGUAUUUGGAAGCGGACCCUGGAAGCGGCGUGUUUCCAAGAACUGGUUCCCACAAGUCCGACUACUCCCUGGCUCACGACCCUCCACACACACACACAGGUGCGAGCUCGCUCGGACAGCAGGUGGCGCCGCGCCGCGCCGCCGGAUGCUCCUCAGAUGUGUGGAAUUCUUGUGAGAGACAAAUAAAAGAUGAGAGAUUGAGCGGUCACGAGUGAUUGGCUGGCGCGGCAGGAUCCAGGUGAGCUGCGUGACGGCAGAUAAUCUGGUAACGUGAAACUUUCAACAACAAUCUUCUCACGCUGUCUCGUCCUAUCUGCUGCUGUCUGAUCUCCAUCAGAGGAAUCUUCGGCAUAAAUCACCGUGACACCCGCUGCAGACCUGAGCUGAUGAUGUCAUCAUCUUCCAGGUCAGCCACCUGCGGGGUCACACUAUGGUCACAGACUUCCCUCCUCCCUCCGUCCUUGUCACGCUUUGCAUUCUGGGAAAUGUGAGCUGUUGUUUGGCCCGGGACCCGUCGGACCUGUAUCGCUUUAAUCUGUCCAUCGUCUCAUCCUGAGAUUAUCUCUCCAUCUCUGCUGAGGAACUCACGUACACGUCCUCGCCGUCACGCCCCAAACCUCAGGACCGCCGCCGCCGCCGCUGCCGGAACAUGCCACUUGCUUUGAUCUUCCCUCCAAACAAGGACUGCUAAUGUAGCCGAGGAUCCGCUCUGCUGACACGGCAAUGUAAACUAUACACAGUCGGCAACAGGUGUGUGUGUGAGUGUGUGAGUGAGUGCGAGACGGCGCCCCCGCCCCUCCUCCGGGGGGCCAGUGGUCGGUCCAGUCCAUUGGGCUGACGCAGCUUCACUGUGGCAGAAGAGUCUCUGUGAGAGCGUCGCUGUGUUUCUGCCUCCACCAGACACAUUCCUGCUCCGGAUCGCUGGCGAGGACAAAGAAACACCAUCAAUCACACACACACACACGUCAUCACACGCGGCCUGCAUUUGAUUGGUCAUGUGCCGCAUGACCUGCCUUUGGUUUGACCUUUUAUCAUACUUUCAACUCCACAUGAGUCCAGCCUUGAUGUGCACGCACACACCUGUUCUUGUGAGGACCGCCUCUCCCCCGAAACACAUGGCUCACCUGGACCAAGACCCUGGACCAGACUGAACCUGCCAAAUGCGGUCCUCACAGGGACAGUGUUUUGUCAAGAAUGGGUCCCCACAAAGUAGGAUGAGCGGGCCCCGAGGCGCCCACAGCUCAGCUCCAGGGCUGCUGGUACUUGGCAGCAGAUGAAAGGAUGUUCCUGAUGCGUGAUGGGAGGGGGCUGGUCUCCAUGGCAGGUGGGCCAGGAACCCAGGAACCAUCCUCCCUGGUCCUGAGAGUCGUCCUGAGAGGCGCAGCAGCGGUGCAGGUGAAGGGCCUGAGAGCCACUUCUGCUGCUUUCAUCUUCCCCCUGAAUGACGCAGACACAGCUGAGACCUUCCUUCUGCUUCUGAAUCGUUCCGUUUUGAACUGAGAAUCACUUGUUGUUAGCGGCAGUGUCCACAGCAGCAGACUGACCCGGGAGCAGAAGGACACCCCUGAGAAACGGGUCUCUCGUGUGAGAGCGGACGCCCUGAAGCUGCGUGAGCUCAUCCGCUCAUGGGUGGAAGUGACGGCCCACAUGUUUCGACACAGAAACACACUUCUUUCUCACAACCAAGACACGCUGCGGCGCGGAGCCGCUCACGGCCUGUGGAGCUCGGGCGGGACAGCGUCGCCCUGGUGACGCCCGUCACAAGAUGGUGGCAGUUCUGUCCGAGUUUAGAGCGAGACAGGAGACACAAACUUUUCAUCACGCUGCUCCACGUGGGUCACUUCCUGUUUGGUGUGGUGUGAAUGAACAGCUAGUGAGAUUCACGGAUGCGACGUAAGAGACGGACGUGACUCUAGUUUGUAUUGGUGGCACACGACACUGGGCAGGUCUGGAGAGCCACCGAGGAAGCGCUGGUCCUGGGUAACAGAAGGGUUCUGGUGACACCGAGCCCUGGAGGGCCACACUGGGGGCAGGUUCUUCAGCAGU